CAGCAACACUAACCGGUCUGAACCAGAAGCUGUCUGUUUGAUUACUGGGAGACUUGUAUUUAGAACCAUUAGCAGAAGAAUUAGGAAGUAAAACAAACACAAACCAGACUGCAGGUAAUCACAGAGACUUCUGGUAGUUCAUGUAAAGCACAGUGUUAUAAUCCUGUUUUUGCUUUUUUCAGGCAGGGCUGUGUGAUCAACGCUCAAGGAAGCCACAAGAGUUUGGAGCAAACUCAUCUGUCAGGCUAACAUACAGUUAUACAGUGUCUGGUAAACAUACAGUUAUAGUUAUGACAUACAGGUCAGGUUUUACAGAGGUAAAUGUGUAUUUAUAUGUAUAUGUAGUAAUUCAGUCAAUAACACAAAAUAAACAGUAUUUGACAAAUACAUGUAGUAAUGUGUUGUCUGAAGUACAAAGUUAGUCAUAUCUCUUUCUAUUCAAAAUAUUUGAUGAUUUAUUUUAUAUAUUCAGCUUAAAAUGUCGAAGUUCAUUAUAAGAGAGAUCAAUAAUUAAAUCAAACAAAAAUCCCAUAAAACUGCCUAUAGUUCUGUUUAUAUUUUCAGUUUGAACUCGGAGUCCUCUCUGUGUGACGUAACGCUGAGCGUUUUGUUGAUCAGUGUCUCCUCCAUUGUGCAGCUCGUCAACAUGUCCGGCCGUCCUCAGGAUAACUCCAUCUAUAUGUAGUCUGAGUUAAUCCCUAAGACGUACGCUGCUGAUGUCCCAGGCUGCUCCUCGGUGAACGUCCCGCAGACUGAGUGGAGCUUCUCCUCGUCGACCGGAUGCAGAUUCAUCAGCUCGGCUCUGAAAACAGGACGUAUCUCCUCUUGCAGUGAUGCAGCCUCCGGCCCCUCCACCAGCCCACCUGUGAGACGUCCAGCUGCGAGGGGAAACCAGCCAUGAGCGCCGACACCGCCUGCAGGGUCGAGCUGGACCCGGAGAACAACGGCGAGCUGGCGGACAUCGUGGCCGCCAUGAACGUGGCCGCCAACCGCACGACCCCUCCCAACGGCUUCAGGUCGAUGGCGCCCAGGUCUCAGCUCUACGGCAGGAAAAUGUCUCUGCAGGAGCGGGGGAGCCGCCUGCCCCGACAGCCCACCAUCGAGACCAAACGAGUGUCCAUCACAGACAUCGAUGACUGUAUCCAAAUGAACCAGUACAAACUGAAGACAGAGAUUGGAAAGGGUUCAUAUGGAGUGGUGAAAUUAGCUUGGAAUGAAGAUUCUGAACAAUACUACGCCAUGAAAGUGGUGUCAAAGAAGAAGCUGCUGAAGCAGUGUGGAUUUUUACGCCGUCCACCUUCGUCGGGGUCCAACUCCGACCUCUUCUGUAAAGCCUGGCAGCCUCUGGAGAGAGUUUACAGGGAGAUCGCCAUCCUGAAGAAGCUGGACCAUCCCAACGUCGUCAAACUGGUGGAGGUGCUCGAUGACCCUGAUGAAGAUGGGCUCCACAUGGCCUUCGAGCUGGUGACUAAAGGGCCGGUGAUAGAGGUGCCCACAGAUGAAACCUUAACGGAGGAGCAGGCUCUGUUUUACUUCAGAGACGUCGUCUUGGGUAUAGAGUACUUGCACUACCAUAAGAUCAUCCACAGAGACAUCAAGCCGUCCAACCUGCUGCUGGGAGACGACGGUCACGUUAAGAUCGCAGACUUCGGCGUGAGCAACGAGUUCGAGGGGGCGGACGCCCUGCUGUCCAGCUCGGCGGGGACGCCGGCCUUCAUGGCUCCCGAGAUGAUGAGUGAUCAGCAACAGAGCUUCAGUGGAAAAGCGUUAGACGUGUGGGCCAUGGGAGUCACUCUGUACUGUUUUGUUUUUGGGAAGUGUCCUUUUUAUGACGAGUACAUCGUUUCUCUGCACAACAAGAUCAAGAACAAACCUGUGGAGUUUCCAGAGACGCCAUCAAUAAGCAACGAGCUGAAAGAUCUCAUUGAGAAGACUCUGCAUAAAAACCCUGCGUUAAGAAUCACCCUCCCUGAGAUGAAGCUCCAUCCGUGGGUGACGGAGAACGGCUCCAACCCGCUCCCUCUGGAGGAGGAGCACUGCACGGCGGUGGAGGUCACCGACGAGGAGGUGCAGAACAGCGUCAAACUCAUCCCCAGCCUUUCCACCGUGAUUCUGGUGAAGUCCAUGCUGAGGAAGCGGUCUUUCAGUAAUCCCUUUGAGUGUCAGGGCAGGCGAGCAGAGAGGUCCAUGUCUGCCCCUGGAGGUCUUCUUACGGGUUUAUGGGGCUCACUGGGGUCUUCGCCUUUGCCUCAUCCCUCCCUGAGAAAAAUCAGCAAAGAGGGAAGCAGAGAAGGAGAGUUGGAGGACUUGUACGAAGACGAAACAUUUCCGGAGAGCGCAGAUUAAAGUGACACAUUUACAGAUUAAAGCUGGAAAAAAUCUGAUUUUCUACCUUUCUCUAUGUCAUUCUUCCCUUUUUUUCUUCUUGUAUUUUCCAGCUCGCUUUCCUCUGUUUUAUAAUUUUUUUUCUGAAAAAUAUCUUAAAUUUGUUUAAAUUGACACAUUUGCGUGCUUUGAAUCAGAACUGAUAUUUCCGCUGCAGCUGGCGUGAUGCACUGAAAAUUAAAUCUAUGGAUGCAAAAAAGUAAAUAAGCUACAGAAAGCAAACAUUUUCAUCUGAAGGAAAUAAAUAUUUAAACAGAA